AUGGUUUACGGUUGUUGCAAUCGAACAGUGAAAGUUUUAUUUUUCACUUCAAAUUUAUUGAUUUGUUUGCUUGGUACAAUUAUUUUUGCCGUCUCAUUAUUGGCUAAUUUGGAUGAAAAUUUUGCGCAUAAAAUAAAUGAAACAAACGGAUUACAUCAAUAUCAUGCAUCAUUAUGGAUAAUGGUAACUAUUGGUGCAUUCUUGUUUCUCGUUGGUUUUCUUGGUUGUUGUGGUGCGAUAUUUGAAAAUAUUACAAUGUUAACUCUGUUCUUCAUCAUUGUACUAGUUACUACUGUAGUCGAAGUUGUCGCAGUAAUAUAUGUAAUAACUACUAAGGACGAACUUAAAACUCUUUUAUAUGAGUCACUAACAGAAGUUGGUAGCGCAGAAGACGAAGAAUUGCAAAAGUUGAAACCCUUGCAAUUUUCCUUCGAUUGUUGUGGUGCAACAAGAGAAACAAUGAAUCGAUAUAUAGAAAAUAACUUAUGUGAGGAAGAAUUGCGCAAUAAGACUGAUUGUUUUACGGCAAUAGCGGAUCAUUUCGAAUCAUCCGGAAGAUUGCUCAUGAUGUGUUUUGGCGUUUUACUAAUUAUCGAAUCCCUUGCCUUAAUUGCCACAUGUAUACAAUGCAAAGCAUUCUACAAUCAAAGACCAAUCUAUUAUGCUUAA